AUGGCGAACACACAAACAACAAAGCAAGCUCUACUCUCGCACAAAGUCAUCCCAGACGUCCUCCCAGACACCAUCAACCUCACCUACAACCUAGUUCUAGAAUGGCCAAACGCCAAACUCGACACACCAGGCAAAGAACUCGAAAACGCCGAUACGAAAGAAGAACCAAAAGUCUUCAUCAACCCUGCACCCACCGAGACCCUAGAUAACCUCGUCUUAAUGAUGGUCGACCCCGACCUCAUGACAAACAACGACACAACCUUCGGCCAAGUCCGCCACUGGCUCAUCACAAACCUGUCCAGCACAUCUUCAGGAACCCUCUCUUACACCACCGCCGCCAUCCGCUCCCCCUACGUGCGCCCCGCACCCCUCCCCAACUACAUCUCCCCGCGCCCCCACCGCUACAUCUUCAUCCUCGCACGGGCGUCUAGUAAGAUCGAAGUCCGCCCUGAGGACUUGCGCGAGAUGCAGAAGGGGUAUGUGGCUGCGGUGCAGGGGAAACAAGGCGAGAUGCAGGACUUGAAGGAUCGGUGGGGCUUUAAUGCACGGAGACUUUGUGAAGAGAAGGGUUUGGAGGUUUUGGGGUGCAGUUUUAUGAGGGUGGGGGGUACGAUUGAGAGUAGUGUUGCUAAUGCUGGGAUGAUGGCGCAGGCGGUGGGAGAUAAGGUGCUUGGGAAGUAG